AUGAAGACACUUCUGGUUGGGCUCCUGCUUGGCUUGGCAUACGUGGAGUUGGCCCAGGCCUUACGAUGCUACACGUGCAAGGAGCCAACAGACAUUGCCAAGUGCAGGACAAUCACCCCCUGUCCCAUGGGAGCCACCGUGUGCACGACAACGCUGCACUCCGUAGACUCAGGUUACCCCUUUUUCGGCAACAUCACGGUGACCAGAAGCUGUGAGAAUGAAUGUCUCCCUUCUAGUGGGAUUGGGGCAUCUAAACCCAAGUCGUGCUGCUACACUGACCUCUGCACCGACGACAGCAGGAGCAGCAACGGGGUGAGGAGCAGCUCUUCAGCCCUGGGUCUGGUGGCCAUGGUGGUUGGGACACUCCUCCAGCGUGCUCUGUAG